UUGGCCAGUGAGUCUUUGGCUCCUCACUACCUUGAAUCAGCGCAUCUCUGCUCAGUGCGCUCAGUGACGCGCUCCGCUGCCAUCCCAGAACUCACUCCGCGCCCUGACACGGACAUGGAGGAUUUGAAAACUCCGAACCGCUUCCUCCAUAAAUCUUCUUUCAGCAUCAGCAGCCUGUUGUGGAGGAGAGAGGGGGUCGUGUCUGACCAGGACCCUUCUCCCUUUUCCCCGAAACUGCAUUCGGCUCACGCUGAAAAAAGCGUGCAGCAGGAGAACACGAAAAGCUGCGAAAACUCCAAACGGAGCAUUAAAAUGGACAUCAAGCCGGUCUCUGUGAAGAGGGAAGAGAAUGGAGGUGAAUCCGAGAAAGUAGGAAAAGCAGAAGAAGGCGCAAAACCUGAGAAACCUCCUUUCAGCUACAACGCGCUUAUUAUGAUGGCCAUUCGCCAGAGCCCGGGAAGAAGGCUCACCCUCAACGGCAUCUACGAGUUUAUAAUGGACAACUUUCCGUAUUACCGACAGAACAGACAGGGGUGGCAGAACUCUAUCAGGCACAACUUGAGUCUUAACAAGUGUUUCGUCAAAGUGCCGCGCCACUACGACGACCCGGGGAAGGGGAACUACUGGAUGCUGGACCCCUGCAGCGAGGAUGUCUUCAUAGGGGGCACCUCCGGGAAGCUGCGGCGCAGGACCACCAUGGGCUCCAGGACCAAACUUGGUCUGAAAAGAGGCGGGGGUCGACUGGUGUCCUCCAACGCAGCGACCAGCGUUACCCUGGCCGCGGCCAGUUCCUUCUACUGGCCGGUGCCGCCGUUUUUGCCUCUCCAGACGCCGGUGCGCGCUCACCUCGGCGCAGGGACUUAUCUCGCCGCUCACCCCCGCUUCUCCAACCACUCCGCGUCGGUUGUUUCCCAGCGGGCACGGCUGAGCGCGUCUGCGGCCGACGCCGCGGAACGGCUCUUCCAGACGCGCCAGGAGAUGUCCUACAUCGGAGUCAGCUGCGCGCAAUCCCGUCGCCACCAGGUCGGCACGGCCCUCUCCGCGUCCUUCCCCGCGUGCGCCCUGCAGCUGCCCGAUCCCUGCUCCUUUAACAUGAUCUCCGGACAAGCCAGCUACUUUUACUCGCACCAGAUACCACGUGCCGCCGCGUUCAGCCCGUGUCAGGAGGAGUGCGUCAGUCCCAGGACGUCUCCGGGACAGUUUUUAUCCAAGAGCGGUCACUCAGACCUCGGGCGAUGCUGCAGUGACUUUCCCAAUUACUGUCCCCAAGUCAGCUCAAGCCCUCCAUCAGCUUGGAAUAUAGAAAAAUGA